UGUUUCGCACAUGCUUGCCGAUAUCUAAAAGUUAGCUCGGUUAUUUGGCUAAACGCGUUCUUUAAACCAAUCUGAUUAGCCUACUAGCUAACUGAAGGGAAUAUACAUCACUGAGGACCUAUUGACAGGUUUUUAUGUUCAGUAUAAGAUUAGUUUUUUGAUGUAAAAUCGAAUUAGUGUUGGCUUAAAUGCAACAGAUUCGAUAUGUUAGUUUAGACUCGACGCUGUGCUCGCUAGGGACAAAGAAAUGAACAGUUGAUGGAUUUGUUCCUGCAGCGUGUUUGAUGGCGCCCUGCUGUGGGAAGUUUUAUGUUUGCAGACUCUGUCAUGAUGGUGAAGAGAAGCAUCAGCUGGACCGCUUUAAGGUCCGAGAGGUCAGAUGUGCAGCAUGCAGUACUAUUCAAGAGGCUCAGCAGACAUGUAAAGAAUGUGACGUGAAGUUUGGGGAGUAUUACUGUGACGUUUGCCAUCUGUUCGAUAAAGACAAGAAGCAGUACCACUGCCAGCCCUGCGGGAUAUGCAGAAUUGGUCCAAAAGAGAAAUACUUCCACUGUACGAAGUGCAAUUUAUGUUUAGCCACUGAUCUUAAAGAUAAUCACAAGUGUGUGGAGAAUGUCUCUAGGCAGAACUGCCCUGUAUGUAUGGAGGACAUCCACACGUCCAGAAUAGGGGCUCAUGUGCUCCCCUGCGGUCAUCUGCUACACAAAACAUGCUUUGAUGACAUGUGCAUAACUGGUGCUUACCGCUGUCCUCUGUGCAUGCAUUCGGCCUUCAACAUGAAGGAGUUCUGGGAAGAUCAAGAUAAGGAAAUUGCCCAGUCUCCCAUGCCCACAGAGUACCGGGACACUACAGUCAAGAUCAUAUGCAAUGACUGCCAGGCUCACUGCACUGUCUCCUUCCACGUGUUGGGCCUGAAAUGCAGCUCCUGUGGCUCUUACAACACGGCGCAGUACGGCGGGCUGAUCGCGGCCCCUGCUGUAAACACAUGAUGGUCUGAGGAGCCGCCGCCUGAAGAAGAGCCCAACACAGAGCACCACGAGUGACGUUUAGGCUCAGAAAUCAUCUCUCAGUUAAGCUUUUACAGAACUGAUAUAUAGAAAUACAACAUUUCUGUACAACUGCUCUAAUUGUUCUUGCUUGAUUAAAAAGGAUAAGAGCAUAUUUGAGGCUUCUUUAAUUUUCUGUCAUGGAAACUAGCUGUUCAGAGUCAGGUGUGUAAGAUUCACAACUUAUAUUAUCAUAUUUCAUAUCUCAUAUUUCUUGACUAUUCCACAUUCAUUUUGUCGUAAAGAAUGUUAAAGAUAAUCCUGUGCUGAGAGGAUAGUCUGCUUUGUUGACUGAAUCCUCAAUAUCUAUCAAGAGCAUUUUUGGUUUAUAUUAAGGAAAGGUAUCCAUAAUAUAAUGUAUCAGCAUGCGCUCUGAUAAUCAUUCAGGGCCAGUGGACAUCAUCGCCGAACUUUUGUUUAUUUUAAAAUGAUUUAAUUCUAUUUAUUGAUUAAUGCUGGACAAGAAACAAACAUUGUAUUACAGAAAUAAAAUGAAUUGAUCACAUUGCA